AUGUAUUUCCGAACCUCGGACUCAACUGUUCGAGACUUGUAUUCUCACCGAAUAACCUUGACCUUUCCAGGCUAUGUUGUCCCCUGGACGGUGGUAGGCCUGGUGCUCAACUACUACCCAGUGGUCAGCUUCGGCAACUGCGUCUUCAACGGUCUGAUCAUCGUUGUGGGCUACGUGGCCUCGCUGCAAACAUUGAUGGUCAUCUCCGUUAACAGAUACCUGAACAUCUGCCACACCGACCUGUAUAACACUAUCUUCUCCCGGUCUUUCCUGGCUUCGAUCCUGUACUGCUCCCUCAUCUGGGUCUUCGCCUUUCUCUCCGUGUUACCGCCCCUCCUCGGCUGGGGUGAGUUCCACUUCGACAAAAAAACUCACUACUGUGGCUACGACCGGACGGAUAGUUUCUCCUAUACGCUCUUCUUGCUACUCAGCUCUAUCGGAGUACCCGUCAUCAUCGUGUUCUACUGCAACUUUGCUAUCUGGCGUUUCAUCCGCCAAGCCUCGCAUCGAAUUUACGGGUUCAAAGCGCAUGCGCGAAGGAAGACCAAGCUGAUCACACCGGACGAACUAAACCUCAUCAAGUCCCUGUUCGUCAUCUUCAUCUGUUUCGCCGUGCUCAUGUCCCCCUACAUGCUGACGACCCUGUUCGACACAGGUGACCAGUGGUCAGCCGUGGUCCACCUGACCUGUUCCUACACGUCCUUCACCAACUCCUGCAUCAACUGGCUCGUCUAUGGCCUCAUGAACAAGAACUUCAAGCGGGCCUACAAGAAGCUGUUUUGUCUCAGGUCGAAGCCGGCUCGUGUUGGUGUUUCGUCUGUCUCUUAA